UCCCGGCCGGAGCAGCGGCGGCUGAGGCUGCGGCGGCUGCGGCGUUUGAGUGGAGGAAGAUGGCGGCUACGAGCGGCUCGGUGUCCCGCCAGCUGUGAGGAGCCCCGAGUGUGGCAAGCGCGGUCUGGGGCAGAGCGCCUCUGCUCCGGUCCUGUCCCCGGCUCCCUCACCGCCUUCGCCAGCGGAGCGUACCCGAGAGCGUGGCGCAGGCUGGGCCAGGAAAUUUUAAAGACAAAAACUUUGGACUUCCCUGGUGGCACAGAAGUUGAGAGUCCGCCUGCCAAUGCAGGGUACGUGCGUUCAAUCCCUGGUCCGGGAAGAUCCCACAUGCCUCGGAGCAGCUAAGCCCGUGUGCCACAACUGCUGAAGCCCACGCCCAACUGCUAAAGCUGGUGUUCUGCAACAAGAGAAACCACCGCAAUGAGAAGCCCACACACCGCAAGGAAGAGUAGUCCCCGCUCUCUGCAACUAGAGAAAGUCCGUGCACAGCAACGAAGACCCAACGCAGCCAAAAACUGUCAAGUGGAAUGUCAUGGCCAGCUCCUCGGACAGUGAAGAUGACAGUUUCAUGGCUGUGGACCAAGAAGAAACUGUGCUGGAAGGGACAAUGGAGCAAGAUGAGGAGCCCCACCCAGUAUUGGAGGUUGAGGAGACUAGACAUAAUAGGUCCAUGUCUGAGUUACCGGAAGAGGUUUUGGAGUAUAUCCUGUCCUUUCUUUCACCAUACCAGGAACACAAAACUGCAGCCCUUGUCUGCAAACAGUGGUAUCGACUUAUUAAAGGUGUAGCCCACCAGUGUUAUCAUGGUUUCAUAAAGGCUGUCCAGGAAGGAAACAUUCAGUGGGAGAGUCGGACUUACCCUUAUCCUGGAACCCCAAUCACUCAGCGGUUCUCACACAGUGCGUGCUAUUAUGAUGCUAAUCAGUCUAUGUAUGUGUUUGGAGGUUGUACCCAGAGCAGCUGCAAUGCUGCCUUCAAUGACCUCUGGAGACUUGACCUAAAUAGCAAAGAGUGGAUCCGACCUUUGGCUUCAGGGUCCUAUCCUUCCCCCAAAGCUGGAGCGACCCUGGUUGUAUACAAGGACCUGCUGGUGCUGUUUGGUGGCUGGACACGGCCAAGCCCUUACCCCCUACACCAACCAGAGAGGUUCUUUGAUGAAAUACAUACUUACUCACCCUCUAAAAACUGGUGGAACUGCAUUGUGACGACCCAUGGCCCGCCUCCCAUGGCUGGGCAUUCUUCCUGUGUGAUAGACGAUAAGAUGAUUGUCUUUGGUGGCUCCCUAGGAUCCCGGCAAAUGAGCAACGAUGUCUGGGUCCUUGACCUUGAGCAGUGGGCGUGGUCCAAGCCGAACAUCUCUGGCCCCAGUCCUCAUCCUCGAGGUGGCCAAUCUCAGAUUGUUAUAGAUGAUGCAACUAUUUUAAUCCUUGGAGGGUGUGGCGGCCCCAAUGCUCUGUUCAAGGAUGCUUGGUUGUUGCACAUGCACUCAGGUCCCUGGGCCUGGCAGCCACUCAAGGUAGAAAAUGAAGACCAUGGGGCCCCAGAACUGUGGUGCCAUCCAGCUUGCCGGGUAGGGCAGUGUGUGGUGGUCUUCAGCCAGGCUCCUAGUGGGCGAGCCCCACUCAGCCCCAGUUUGAACUCUCGCCCAUCACCUAUCAGUGCCACUCCUCCAGCCCUAGUUCCUGAAACCCGAGAAUACCGCUCUCAGUCUCCAGUAAGGAGUAUGGAUGAAGCUCCCUGUGUUAAUGGCCGCUGGGGAACACUGAGGCCCAGAACACAAAGGCAGACCCCCUCAAGUUCCCGAGAAGGAAGCCUUUCCCCAGCUAGAGGCGAUGGCUCUCCCAUCCUUAAUGGUGGGAGUUUAUCUCCAGGAUCAGCAGCUGUAGGUGGCUCUUCCUUGGACAGCCCUGUACAGGCUAUAUCUCCUAGCACUCCAUCUACCACUGAAGGAUAUGACCUAAAAAUGGGACUUUCUUUGGCCCCCCGACGAGGGUCACUACCAGAUCAGAAAGAUCUAAGAUUAGGAUCAAUAGAUCUGAAUUGGGAUCUGAAACCUGCUUCCAGUAGCAAUCAUAUGGAUGGUGUGGACAACAGGACAGUUGGGGGAAGUUUAAGACACCCUCCUGAACAGACAAAUGGUGUGCAUACCCCACCGCACGUGGCCAGUGCCCUUGCAGGAGCCGUUUCCCCAGGUGCCCUGCGUCGGAGCCUAGAAGCCAUCAAAGCAAUGUCGUCCAAAGGCUCUCCAGCCUCUUCAGCACUCAGUCCUCCUCUGGGGUCUUCUCCAGGCUCCCCUGGGACCCAGAACCUGAGCAGUGGAGAAACAGUGCCCAUUCCCCGCCCAGGGCCCGCCCAAGGAGAUGGACAUUCCUUACCUCCCAUUGCCCGCCGCCUGGGUCACCACCCUCCACAGUCCCUAAAUGUUGGCAAACCCUUGUACCAGAGUAUGAACUGCAAGCCCAUGCAGAUGUACGUGCUGGACAUUAAAGACACCAAGGAGAAGGGGCGAGUCAAAUGGAAAGUAUUUAAUAGCAGUUCUGUGGUUGGACCUCCCGAAACCAGCCUGCAUACAGUGGUACAAGGCAGGGGUGAACUCAUCAUAUUUGGAGGACUCAUGGACAAGAAACAGAAUGUGAAGUACUAUCCAAAAACAAACGCCUUGUACUUUGUACGAGCAAAGAGAUAAUAUGUUCUAAAACCCUUUCCCUUUCUGUGGCUUUUAAUUUGGAAUUUUCCAGAGUGCAAGCAUUUGGACUGAGAAUUGAGAAAACAAAGGACAAAAUUCCUCUCAUAAACCAAACCCCAAUUCCCAGCAUCACUCACUCCAGGCUGGGAUCAAAUCUCCAUUAAGAAAAAAAUUAUAUAAAUAUAUAAAUAUAUAUUAUAUAGCCAACUCUGUUUACAAAGAGGGAGAGAUCUCCAUCCUGGUUCAGAUAAAAUUGUUGCUGUGUUUUA